UGGAAGGAUACAAAAUUCACAUCGACAUGACCACCAUGCUUGGGGUGCUGCUGCGAGUGUACUUGGUCUUGGGCUUUGCACUCGAAGUGCAAACAUUCGUUCGGCUUUACGUGCUGUCGACUCCAAUUGCAGCCUUGACGCCGUCGCUUUCCGACCCAGCGUUGGACAAUGUGCCGGCCUUCCGCAGAUUGUACGCUGUCUACUGCAUCUCCCUGGGCCUUCUUCGCCUUGCCGCUGCUGUUGACAUCAAGAACAAGGGUCUCUUGGCUGCGCUGGCCAUUGUCCACGUCGUGGAAGCUGCUUUCUCGAUCGCAGAAGUUCUCGUGUUUCAACACGUGCCGCCUCAAGCGCUUUUGGACGAGCCCCACUUGAAAACGACAGGCUUCUUGGCACUUCUCGUGGCCCAAGCUUUGCUUUUCGCGUAUGGAUACAUGACCGCGUCAACGAUCAAGUCCAAAAUGCACGAAUGGUAACGCGUGAGUAUGCCAGUGCAGAUCGUCUCGACGAUUCGCGUUUGUUUGGAAACGAGGUGGUUAACAUUGGAGUAAAGCCAACGACUUGCCACACAAAUGGUUGUCCUGGGGCGCAAGGCGAUUUGACUGUGAAUUUCAUUGUCAGAACAAGCCUUCCAAGUUACUCCUCUUGGCGCAUGUACGCCAGCCUAGUCAUGUUCGUUGAUGUAUGUAUAGCGUCGGCCAAGUUGCCCGCGUGCGGCCAUCAAAAACAGUCAUAUCGAACCGGUGUUGUCCAUAGCAAUAUGUAGUAAGCUCUAGAUACUUGGCUGAUUUUGCGUACCAGGUCAAUGCGAAGGUGUUUCCAGUGGG